AUGCGAGCCCUACGCCACCUCUGCGCCUGCUCGACACGACACCUACCCCGAACCUCGAUUCCAGCGGGCAUCCAGACGCAGACGCAGACGCGAUGGAGCUCUUCGCAGCCCAUCGCCUCCAAGCUCGUCUUCCCAGAUGACGGAGCCGAACCGAGCGCCGUAAGGCACAUCCACCUCACCCGCGACCCGAGCGGCGCCGCGUUCCCCUCGUACACCGCAGCAUCCGACUUCCAAACAUCCCUCCGCCAGGCCUUCCUCGAUUGGAAAUCCGCCCCGACGCCCCGCGCCCCGUCGCCGCUCGUCGUCUCUUUCACCCCGAAACCGACAUACACCCUGGGAAAACGCCAGAAAUCGCUGAGGGAGGAGCAGCUGGCCAGGUUGAAACAACCCCUCUCGGUCGCCCUCGACGACGGAAACACCGAGGAGUUCACCCCGGAAGUCGUCGAGACAGACCGCGGCGGCCUGACGACCUACCAUGGCCCGGGCCAGGUCGUCCUCUGGCCCAUCCUCGACCUGCGCAGCGUCUACUACCCGCCCCAGACCGUCCGCUCCUACGCCCGCCUCCUCGAGGAAACAACACGAGCGGUCCUCGCCUCUCCCGAGGGGGGGCCCGCCGCCGUCCCCACCUACCUGUCGGAGGAAGACCCUGGCGUGUGGUCCUCGGCCGCGCGGUCGCGCGGGCAGGAGCGCAAGAUGGCCGCCGUGGGCGUGCACCUCCGCCGGCACGUCUCGGGUCUCGGGACGGCGCUGAACGUGGAUGUCGUCGUUGAGGGGGACGAGCGGGUCAACCCCUGGGCGAGGUUUGUGCCGUGCGGGCUGGACGGGAAGACGGCGACGAGCGUGCGUGCCGAGGUCGGGCCGACGGCGUGGGAGGAGUGGAGGAGGAGGACGCGUGACGAGAGUGCGGAGACGAAGGAGUGGUAUGCGCGGCGGUGGGUAGUCGAGUUUGCGAAGAGGCUGGGGGUGAAGGCGGCGGAUGGGACAGUGUAUCAUCGUCUUUGA